GCACAAAAAUCCUUCGAGAAUUACAAUCGCAAUUAAACGAAUUGUCAACUCUUAUUUUCCUCAUCAAUUCUACAACUAUCUCAACUCAAAUGAGAAAUUACUCGCCUCAAAUACCAGCACCCAUUCAAAGGAAUCUAGAAUAUAACGACAUUUGA